AUCAUGGACAGCUCCCCAAAAGAAUCACUGUAGAAGGCUUUUUUGGUCGCAUGCAGACAUAGUUAACCUGUAACUAUAAUAAUAACGGUUUUGGGAGGAGGUUUUCUUUCUCUAUUGUUUCUAAAUCAGCAAUGUGCAUCUGCAAAUUGUGCCACAAGUGGUUUUCAUCCAAAAAGAACGGAGUGAGUCCUCCGUCUCAUAGAAAAAUCUUUGCUUGGCGUACAGUUUGUCCUCACUGCCUGGGCCCUCUCUCUCUACCUCCCCCCGCUUGGUUGCGCAGUACUAAUUGUGUACUAACGGUACCCGCAUUUUGCUCAGGUAACUCCGGCAGCCGGGCGCCACUGAGGCCGUGGUGGGAUUGAACGCGGUGUUGAGUUCUCCCGGGCAGUAAAUACACACUGACAAACAGCUGCCAUUACACUGUGUCCAAAGGCACGUCACCGGUGACCAGUCUGCUGCUCUGCGGCUAGCGCCGUCGGCUAACACGCUAGCUAGCGGGCGUUAGCAUCAACGGCUGACUGAAUGAAUAAAGUUAAGCUGACAAGUUAGCGAAACAUUUCCCGAAACGACGUAAUAACCACACAUGCAACAAAAAAAACGCCGCAGUAUUUAGAAAGCUUUCGACCCCCUAUGCGGACUCCGGGCACCGUGUUCGUCGUCGCUGUGAGAGGGCUUUAGCGGCGGGGACAACGACGGCCGCUCACUCGAGAGGCGACAAUGAUUUCACUGCUGGCUGCUUCACGCCUACUCAGAAGAGGGAAGAGUCCGCUGCGUGAUCCUUUUAAGAGGAUUUGCGUGAACAUGUCGUCCUCCUCCCUUCGCUCGGGUAAGAGGCUGCGGGUUCUGGUGGACAUGGACGGGGUGCUGGUGGACUUCGAGGGGGGGUUCCUGAAGAAGUACCGGACCCGGUACCCGGACGACCCCCACAUCCCCCUGGAGGACAGGAGAGGGUUCUGGGUGUCCACGCAGUACGGCCAGCUGAGGAGCGACCUGUGUGAGAAGGCCAUCAGCAUCUGGCAGUCCAAGGACUUCUUCAUGGAGCUGGAGCCGCUGCCAGGAGGAGUCGAGGCGCUCAAGGAGAUGGCCAAGAUGGACGACACAGAUGUCUUUCUUUGCACCAGCCCAAUAAAACAUUACGAACACUGCCCAUAUGAGAAGUAUGCAUGGGUGGAGAAGCAUUUGGGUCAUGACUUUCUGGAGCAGGUCAUCCUGACCAGAGACAAGACGGUGAUCACCGGAGACCUCCUCAUAGACGACAAGCCUGACAUUUUAGGCGUGGAGCCAGAACCGACGUGGGAGCACAUCCUGUUCACCGCCUGCCACAACAGGCACCUCUCCGUCAGCCCCUCCCAGAGACGGCUCCUGUCAUGGGCCGACGACUGGAGGGCCGUCCUGGACAGCAAGCGGCAGUGAGCUGGCCCCCUCGACCAGAGAGCCCGCCCACUUUUCCCGGGCUGGCGGGUGGUCAUCACCACAUCGGCGGGGGGGUAGGAGGGGGGUUUCGAGGCUCUGAGGAAAAAAAGCUAACUUGCAAAAGGAGUUUGGUAAACAUAUGUGUGAUCAGCCACAUUCACAAUAACACACAGGUUGAAAGUUUUACACACUUGUUGCACUUUGCUGGGAGAAGACGUGCACUUGUUUGACCACAAGGGGGCGCUCAGAGACUAAGUGCGACGUUUACCGCCACUCACCGAGGAAACUGACAACAAAACAGUGAAUUCAAAACGGACACGUGGUGAGUCUGAAGGCAGAUUGGAGCUGCAUACUCUGUCUUUUGACUGUGGACAUUUCUCUUCAGUUGAGUAUGCGAUACGUAAAUGUACCGCAAGAAAGUCAACCUGGACUCGCUAACACUCUAAUGUCAUAUCAUUCAGGGAGAAUACAGCGAUGCAACACGGGGUCACUGAGUAGCACUGUCAUUUCUGCAAUCACACAUGUACAAAGAUUUGUCUGAGGGCGCAAAGAGCCGGGAUGGUGCUUUUUUUCAACAAUGACCGAUACUGAAAAAUAAAACUUCACUCAUACAUA